AUGUCUGUGACAGCACCUCCGCCGCGCUGCUGCGGGCUCCGGACCCUGGCGGACUCGGUGUCGGAGCUGCUGGCCCGGGUCGCGGAGGAGGUGCUGGGCGCGCUGGAGAAGUGGAACGGCGGGUCCAGGUCCUCCGGAGCCCCGGGGAGCCUGCUCCAGGUGCUGCGGCCGCUGCUCACUGAACGGCUCGCGGCAGCGGCGCAGCGGAUCGUCGGGCUGCUGGAGCGGGAGGUGGAGGAGUCCCGGCGGCGGCUUCGGCGGCUGGAGGCGCUGCUGUGCCCGGUGGUCCUCCUGAACCGUACAGACACAUCAGCUCUCUGUCAGGAUGCCGCUGAUGAAAGUCUUCACCCACUCUCAGACUCCGCCCACAUGCCUUCAGUCCCACCCCACCCUGCCUCUUCAGACAUCGUCUCUGCAGCUGAAAGUGAUGACCACUGGACAGGCAGCAAAAACUCACUCAGCAUUAAAAGGACAGACAGGAGGACUGUCAGAAGAAGGUCCAGUGGAUGGAGACAGUGGAAAGCCUCAUUAGACUGUCCAACAAAUCAGCGCUGUCUCAUCUGUGGAAAGAUUUUUUGCCACAGAGGGACUCUGGUGAAACAUGUGGAAACACACUCAGACACCCCUGAACAUCUCUGCGGGGUCUGCGGAGAACACUUUGAGUCAUCAGACAGUUUGUCAGACCAUCUGAGAUCUCACAGAGAAACCCUCAGUGGCAGUGGCAGGGGCAGGACCUGCGAGGUCUGUGGGAAAAUGUUCCAAAACAUGGAGACACACAUGAGGAGCCACACUGGAGUCAAACCAUUCAGCUGCAGCAUCUGCAGAAAGAGCUUUCCACGACCCGGAGCGCUUAGGCGCCACAAGAAGAUCCACAGCAGGAGGAUGGGCAACGCCUGCCCCAUCUGCGGAGUUACCUUUGCUCAGAGCCAGCUGCUUCACGAGCACCUCAAGAUCCACGAGCAUGGCGAGGGGGACUAUAGCAAGAAGGAAGGCGGGAGUGAGGACACUCAGUCGGACUCACUAAAACCAAGAGAAGAAGGACCAACUUCAGGCCUGAAGUCAGCAGCGCACUGCUGCAGAGUCUGUGGUGAUUCGUUUCACAGCCGAGGCUUCCUGAGGAAACAUGCUGAAAUGCACUGCAGGGAGUCACAGAGCAUGUGCGGCGUCUGCGGACAGCAGCUCGACUCACCUGAUGUUCUCCGAACGCACCUGCAGUCACACAGAGAGACUGGCGGGAUCUGCAGUGUCUGCGGGAAGACUUUCCAGAACAUGGAGACCCACAUGAGGAGCCACACGGGCCUCAAACCGUACCGCUGCUUUGUCUGUGGCAAACACUUUCCACGGCCUGGUGCACUGAGGCGCCACAAGAAGAUUCACAGUGGUGAGCGCCCGCAUGUCUGCAACCACUGUGGCAAGACCUUCGUUGAGAGCACCGCUUUGAAGACCCACAGAAGAAGUCACUCUUUAGAGGUCUGUGAUGGUGAGGUUGGCAAGUCACCUGCAGACUCUCAGAUCCUGACAUCUGAUGCAGAGAAAGCCAGGAUGCCCGCUCAGAUGCCUCCGUGCUGUAAAGUCUGUGGCGAGUCUUUUCAGAGUAAAGGAAGUUUGAGAAAACAUGCCAAGAGUCACUCAGCAGAGUCUAUCUGCGGUGUCUGUGGUGAAAGUCUGCAUCCAUCAGAGACGCUGACAGAGCACCUGCAAAGUCACAGAGACGCCGGCAAAAUCUGUCACAUCUGCGGUAAAACCUACCAAAACAUUGAGACCCACAUGAGGAGUCACACUGGUGUCAAACCAUACCACUGCACCAUCUGCAGGAAGUCCUUUCCGCGGCCCGGUGCUCUGCGGCGCCACAAGAGGAUCCACAGUGGGGAGCGACCGUACAUCUGUGAGUUUUGCGGGAAGACGUUCAUUGAUAACGGAGCUCUCACCACGCACAUCAGGAACCACACAGGAAACAAACCAUCCAACCGCGUCUCCUGUGAGACAUGCGGGAAGAGCCUCGCCUCCAUCCAUGUCCUUGAGGUCCACAAGAGGAUCCACACGGGUGAGAAACCCUUCCAGUGUCGCAUUUGCAGGAAAGCCUUCAGGCAGGUGGGAGGGCUGAACGCCCACAUGCUGACGCACACUGGUGAGAAGCCGUUCAGCUGCAGCCUCUGCGGUAAGAGCUUCAGCACCAAAGGGUACCUGGAGACGCACCUCCGCUUCCACAGGAAGGAGCGCGCGUUCAGCUGCCACCUAUGCUGGAAAGCCUUCGUCACCAAGAACGACCUGAAGAAGCACCUGCUGACACACAGCGGUGAGAAGCCUUACAGUUGCCGGCUCUGUGACAAGAGCUACCAGGAAAAACGCUCCAGAGAUCUGCACAUGAAGAUCCACAUGGACACCAGCGAGGACCCAAUCAGAGAGCAGGACUCUUUGCAGCCACACCUGCUGCAGCUGUAGAGACUGGCCCAGGGUUUACACUGGGUUUACUUACUGUCAGAGACAGAAACUAUUUCCACAAGACAAGAAAUUAGGAUUAGAAAAAGAAAACUUCCUGAAUAAAAAACUUUAUUUUCUGACAUUUUUACAGAAGAUUGUUCUGCAUUAUUUUAAAAUAAAACACAACUAAAAACCUAUUAGUUCCUGCAGGUCCUUGACAUGAGUUCUUGAACCCCUGGAUUAUUCAUUGAGUUCCACUGAGGUUUUCCAAAUGUUCUUGACAAUGAUAAAAUAAUCCUGGGGUAUUUGAGUAAAACAGCAUUCGUCAAGACUUUUUUUUUAACAAACCACCUCUGAGGUGUUUUAAGGAGUCCCCGAAAUAUGUUUGAGGUCCUUAAAUGUCACUGGAUUCACUCCUGGAACCACAUUACAUUUCUGAUCUCCUCCUCAGAAGGAAAUCCAAUCACAUGACAAUCCUGGGGUCAUGUGAUUGACUGAACUUCUUCAGCAUUUUAUUUUGAAAUUUUCCUUAACUGUUUAAACAUUCAGAAACAAAUAAUUGUAUUUGAUAAACUGCCCUUAU